UAUUCACACUGGGGAUUGGAGGGAAGGGGCUGUGGGUGUGUAACGUCACUCGUGGUACCUAAAUCCAGCAUUGAGACCUAUGAGAUUGGAGAGUAUGGACCUGGAUCUCCACACUGGGUUCUCUUUUCUUCCCUAGAGUGUGCUGGGGAGCCAUGGGAGAGUUGUGAGCAGGAAAGGAACAGAUUGGCUCUGGUAUCUUGAGGCAGGAGAAUGACUGAGGUGUAAAGAAGGGGUCCAGUGGUACAGGCAAAAUGGCAUCCUUGUGUCUGCCAGAUGCAAGGGUAGGAAAUAACAGUCAGGACUUAGCCUGGAAUUUGGUCCCCAGCUUGUGAAGAUGGCAGAGUGUUCAUCAUGGUGUGAAGCAUGGUGGCGGUGGGUGGCAGCUUCUGACCUCUGGACCGCAGGGACAGCAAGACACUUGGACUCAGACCACCCAGUAUUCUCUGUAGGCUCCUAACUCUUUCCUCUCUAUACCUUUCAAAUGACUUUCCAGGUUGUUACAGGUACAGGGGGAUGGGGGAGAUACACACGUGUGGGGAACUGCCUCUAUCCCCCACUAGUGGGUACCUGCUGUGCACAGAGGAAUGCACCACCGGAGGGACUUAGCUCUUUGCAGUGAUACCUCGGGCUGGGCACUGAGAGGAGGACACACAUGGUGAGAAGCCACCUGGGGUGAUGUCUGUGUGGGCUUAAUCCCAGCUCCGACACCUGCCAGUGGAGUGACCUUCGGUGUUCCGACAUGGCGACCGGGCCCCACUGGCCUCCUACCCCACAGAUCCACACAAGGAAGCUGCUUCCACCUUGUGGCCUCGAGGCUUAGGCCAACUGACUAAGGAGGGGAUCCGCCAGCAGCUGGAACUGGGCCGAUUUCUGAGGAGGCGUUACAAGGCCUUCCUGAGCCCUGAGUACAGGCGAGAAGAGGUACUUUGUUGACCUUUGACCUCAGAGCCCCCUUUGGUCUUCACCUCUUUUUCGAUCUCCAUCUACUUGACCUGCACCCCCGUGGGCUUCUAAGUCAGUAGGGAAUCCGCACUGACCCCUGACCUUCUCUCAAACUAUCAGUCUUAUCACUCACCCGACCUCAGCCUUUGUCUUGAUUUCCAACCACCCCAUCCUGACCUUCUGACCUUUGAACUUGAUUCUGUCUUUGAUCCUUGCUUUGCCCACCUGAUGUUUCUUAGUGGGUGGUGUUUCUUCGUAAAGAUCUGCACAUGCUUGGCAAGCCCUCCAUCACUGAGCACCACCCCCAUUUCCAACCUCCAACCUUUGCUCUCUACUGUCAUCAUUUUGACCUUCCUUUUCUGUCUUCUCCCUUCCUUUGGCUGGUCCCUCUGAGGACUGUGUACUCAAUUUUAGCUCCAUGUUAUUCAGUCCCCACCUUCUACAUCUUGACCUCUUGAUCUGAUCUCAGCAGACUCCAGCAGUCCAACGCAUCAUUCAACUCUGACCUCUGACCUUUAAUCCCAACUUCUAAAGUUACACAUGAACUCACCUUUGAGUUUUGAUCCUCAAUGCCUACCCUUUGACUCCCUCUUCCUGACCUUUAACUUUACCUACUCCAAACUAAAUCUGAAGCUUUUGAUUUGGGACCCUGCUGACCCUUGGCCUGUCCACCCGCUCUGCUGCCCUCAUCUACCCCAGGUAUACAUCCGCAGCACAGAUUUUGACCGGACAUUGGAGAGUGCACAAGCCAACCUGGCUGGGCUCUUCCCUGAGGCUGCCCCUGGAAGUCCUGAAACUGACUGGAAGCCCAUUCCAGUGCAUACAGUGCCUGUGUCUGAGGACAAGUUGCUGAGGUUCCCCAUGCGCAGCUGUCCUCGAUACCAUGAGCUGUUGCGGGAGUCCACAGAGGCAGCUGACUACCAGGAGGCCCUGGAGGGCUGGACGGACUUCCUGACCCGCCUGGGCAACUUCACCGGGCUGUCCCUGGUUGGAGAGCCACUCCGCAGAGCAUGGAAAGUUCUGGAUACCUUGAUCUGCCAGCGUGCCCAUGGUCUUGAUCUCCCAUCCUGGGCCUCCCCAGAUGUCUUGAGGACUCUGUCACAGAUUUCUGCUCUGGAUAUCAGGGCACAUGUGGGCCCACCCCGAGCAGCAGAAAAAGCCCAGCUGACAGGCGGGAUUCUGCUGGAUGCCAUCCUCAGCAACUUCUCACGGGCCCAGCGCCUGGGGCUGCCCCUCAAGAUGGUCAUGUACUCAGCUCAUGACAGCACCCUGCUGGCCCUCCAGGGAGCCCUGGGCCUCUACGAUGGGAACACCCCACCUUACGCUGCCUGCAUGGCCUUUGAAUUCCGGGGGAGCUCCAGGGAACCAGAGGAGGAAGAUGGAGAGAAUGUCACCAUCUCUCUCAUCUACCGCAAUGAUACCUCCCGCCCACCCCUGCCACUCAGGGUCCCUGGGUGCCCAGCUCCCUGUCCACUUGGGCGCUUCCAGCAGCUGACUGCUCCAGCCCGGCCUCCAGCUCACGGGGCCCCCUGCCAUGGUUCUUAUGAGCCUGCCAGCCCCCCAGCAGAACAGAUGGAGACAGGGAAUCUCCCAGGGCACUGUCUAAGACCGCUGGAGUAUCCUCUGGAAACAGGCCAAAGGUGGGCAAGUGCGCCUAUGCCUCACCUGCCCCGGACCCAACUCAUCACCCAGAUUCUACCCACGCCGGAACCGAAUCAAACCACACACCCCACAGAGGGCAAUGAACCAGCCAUUUAAUAGAAACUCACGAAGGCAGA